UCCGUUAAAACGUCAAAAGAAACAUGUUUAUGUUGCUCUUUAAAUAUUUUUAAAUAAUACCUUUAGCGUAAUGGAUAAUACAGUAUUAAAAAAGAAUAACAUUUGCAGAACAUGUUUGAGCGAGGCGUCUAAUUGUAAAUCUUUAUUAAGCAAAAUGGAAGGGGAAGAUCGGACGCUCUGUGAAGUACUCUCUUUUGUUACAAGCGUUGAUAUUUCUAUCAGCGAAGAAUAUCCUAAACAAGUGUGUAACGAUUGCCAUAUUAUGAUAUGUAAAGCCGACGAUUUCAAAAAGAGAUGUAUACAAUCCGAAAGUAUAUUAAAAAGUGGAAUUUUUAUGUCACCAUUCGACGAACUUAUAAAGAAUGAAAUUAUAAAUAGCACGGAUUUCGAUAUAACAAAAUCUCAACUACCAAUCGAUGGUCAAAUCCUCAUCGAUAAUAUUUACAUGAAAAAAAACUCUCAAACAUUAGAAGUAGAAUUACCAAUAAUAGAUAAUUUUGAUACUUUAAGUGAUAAUUAUAAAUACGAAAAUGUUAAAGAGGAAAGAGAUGAUAUACGCAACGAUAUGGAUAUAUCAGAUGAUAUCGGAAAUAACAUACUCGAUUACACACAGACAGACAAUCCGAUCAAUACAAAUAUAUGUUUUUGUGGUUUUAUUUGUACCGAUACUGCUAAGUUCGAAAGCCAUACUAAAGAAUGUAAAACAUUUGUAAAUAAAUACGACAGGGAUGUUCAUUCAUGUCCGCUGUGCAAUGAUAAUUUUCCUAAUUUAAAACAACUGCAAGUCCAUAUUUAUAGUCACAAGGAAACAUCGAAUGGUACGAGUAAUCAUGAAUGCCCUAAAUGUAAGAACAGUUUUAUUUGCAAGUCGUUAUUGAUAGCUCAUUUAAAAACACAUAAAAACCGAAUAAGGGUGAAACACAAGAAAUCGAGAAUGGAACCUAAAGAUAAUAUCACAAUACCCCUAAAGUGUGUUAAGUGUGAAGAGAAAUUACCCAAUUUGGACGAAUUAGCAUUUCACUUGAAAAAGCACAUGCACAAUGAAACUGAACAAGAGGAACAAAACUACCAAUGUUCGAUGUGUAUGAGAAAGUUUGUGCGUAAGAUGUCUUUGAUCGCACACAUCAAACGUCAUGAAGAUAAAGCACAAAUGAAAUUUACAUGCAAGACUUGCAAGCGUGAAUUCCAACACCAAGCUCAUCUAGACAAUCAUAUUGUUUUAGUACAUUCAAAAGAAAAAGGCCUAACUUGCAACAAGUGCGGCAAAAGCUUCGUCACACAAGACUGCUUAGACCACCAUAUGGAAGGGCAUAAGGUCGAUAAGAAACAUCACUGUACAGUGUGCGGUAAAACAUUUACAAUUAUGUCGGCUUUAACUGAUCAUAUCAGGACUCAUACUGGGGAAAAGCCGUUCCUUUGUUCGAUUUGUGGACGGGGAUUCAGUCAGAAGAAUAAUUUAGUUCAGCAUAUGAGGCGCCAUGAGGGAUUGAAGCCAUUCAAGUGUGAACACUGUGAGAGAAGAUUUGUCUCGAAAGGUGAACUGCACGCUCACAAUCGCAAGCACAGCGGGGCUCACCCCUUCAUCUGUGACGAUUGCGGGAACAGUUUCACAACGUCCAGCUCCCUCACCAAACAUCGGAGAAUCCACAGCGGAGAAAGACCAUACGCAUGUGACCUCUGCUCAAUGAGGUUCGCUGUGCUCGGAACGCUGAAGAAUCACAGACGCACCCACACAGGAGAAAAGCCCUACCAGUGCUCCCACUGUGAGAAGGCGUUCAUACAGAGAACUGACCUGGUCUCCCAUAUCCGGUGCCAUACUGGGGAAAGGCCAUAUAUUUGUACAAGCUGCGGCCAAGCGUUCAGAAAAGCGUCCGCGUUAAAAGUUCACAUAAAAAUUCAUGGCAAGGAACCAAUGCUGAUAUAAAUAAAAGGUUUAUUGAAUCAUUU